AUGUGUGGAAUCUUCGCAGCGUACCAGGUUCCGGAUAUCAAGGCUUUCAAGCCAAAAGCCUUGGAGUACUCAAAGAGAAUCCGACACAGAGGACCAGAUUGGUCGGGAAAUGUGGUGGCAAACAACACGAUUCUGUGCCACGAGAGAUUGGCCAUUGUCGGCGUGGACUCCGGUGCCCAGCCAAUCCAGUCGGAGGACGGCCGGUACAUCCUUACCGUCAACGGAGAGAUCUACAACCACAUUCAGCUCAGAUCGCAGUUGAAAGACUACAAAUUCCAGACGAUGUCGGACUGCGAGGUGAUCAUUCCACUAGUUGAGAAGUACGGGGUGGACGCACCAAAGUAUUUGGACGGUAUGUUUGCCUGGGUGCUCUAUGACAAGCAGACGGACAGAAUAGUUGCCGCCAGAGAUCCAAUUGGUGUCACAACCAUGUACAUGGGACGGUCAUCGAAGAACCCCAAGACGCUUUUCUUCGCCUCCGAGUUGAAGUGCCUGGUGGACGAGUGUGACGAGAUCACGGCCUUCCCUCCCGGCAAGGUGUUCGACUCGAACACGGGCAAAACAACGCGGUUCUUCAAGCCUGAUUGGUGGGAUGAGGACCGCGUUCCGCACGGAGAUGCCGAUUACAUGGCCAUCCGCCACACCCUGGAGGCCUCCGUGAGGAAGAGAUUGAUGGCCGAGGUCCCGUUUGGUGUUCUUCUCUCGGGAGGCCUCGAUUCCUCGCUUGUUGCCUCGAUUGCAGCACGUGAAACCGCCAAGGCAAUCCACGAAACGACAAACACCGAGGACUUGACCGGUGUGGACGAUGAGGGCCAUCUCCGGUUGUCCACCGGCUACUCGAAGUUGCACUCGUACGCCAUUGGUCUUCCUGGCGCCCCAGACUUGAAGGCAGCCAAGAAAGUCGCCGAUUUCAUCGGCACAAUCCACCACGAGCACCACUUCACUUUGCAGGAGGGUUUCGACGCCCUCAAGGACGUCAUCUACCACUUGGAGACGUACGAUGUGACGACGAUCCGUGCAUCCGUGCCUAUGUAUCUCCUCUCGCGGAAGAUCAAGGCCCAAGGUGUCAAGAUGGUUCUCUCAGGAGAGGGAUCAGACGAGAUCUUCGGCGGAUACUUGUACUUCGCCAGUGCCCCUAACGCAGAGGAGUUCCACAAGGAGUGUGUCAAGCGUGUGAAGAACUUGAACUUGGCAGACUGCUUGCGUGCCAACAAAUCGACCAUGGCCUGGGGUUUGGAGGCCCGUGUUCCGUUCUUGGACAGAAGCUUCUUGAACUUGUGCAUGAACAUCGAUCCAAAGUACAAGAUGAUCGACGAGAAGGCCGGCAGAAUCGAGAAGUACAUCCUCAGAAAGGCCUUUGACACCACCGAUGAGCCUGGUGCCGAGCCUUACUUGCCUAAGGAGAUCCUUUGGAGGCAGAAGGAGCAGUUCUCAGACGGUGUUGGCUACUCCUGGAUCGACGGCUUGAAGGACUUGGCCGAGAAGCAGGUUUCCGACGAGCAGAUGAAGCAUCCAAAGCCUGAGUGGGGUGCCGACAUCCCACACACUAAAGAGGCCUACUUCUACCGUGUGAUGUUUGAUGAGCUAUUCCCAUCCAAGGCUGCUGCAAGCACUGUUAUGCGUUGGAUUCCAAAGGCCGAGUGGGGAUGUGCCGAGGACCCUAGUGGAAGAUAUGCCAAGAUCCACGAGGCUUCUGUUGCAGAUAACAACUGA